CUUCCACACUGUGCAAGGGCAAGGUUACUGUGAUGCCAAAGAUUACCUCAGCUGCUUGAUUAUAUGCAUGAAAUGUCGUUCAUGAAGUAAAUGAGCUUGACAAGACUUCAGCACCCUGGAAUUUUCAGAAGAAAUCUUGAUUGAUGAUGAGUUUCUCGUUUACAAUUGCGGUUGCUGGACAAUAUAAUCACCACGUGAUAGCACUAGCACUAGCACUAGCAAACGGUAAAAACAUAACCAGCAUGAACAGUGAGAAGAGCAUCUCAAUUGAAUCUAUCAGAAAUUCCAGUUCAUUGCCUAAAGGCGUCAGCAUUUUGGUUGUGGAUUGUGAUCCUACAUGUCUCACCAUCAUAUCCGAAAUGCUCUGUAGAUUUGGUUACAAAGUUGUGACCGCUAAGCGAGCCUCUGAUGCUUUGGCAAUUGCACGGGAGGAAGAUGAUCUUCAACUUGUUCUGGCAGAAGCUCAUUUGCCUGACAUGGAUAAAUAUGAGUUCCUGGAGAGAAUGGGAGAAAUGUCCAAAUUGCCCGUUGUUAUUAUGUCAGCUGAUGAUAAUGAAAAUACCGUGUUAGGCAGCUUGUUUAAAGGUGCUGCAUUAUAUCUUAUAAAACCAAUUACUUUGAACGACGUGAAAAACCUAUGGCAGUUUGCAUUCAUGAAGAAUAGUGAGAAAACACUAGUUGCUGACGGAGUAAGCAGUGUUCAAGGGGAAUCAUCUGAGGAGAGUGCAUCAGAUGAGGAUACAGAGAGUCAAUCAUUUGAGAAUAAAAGGAAGCAAAGCCUCCAAAAGGCCAAAAGAAUAGCACUGGAAGAGACGGAAAAAGACGAGGAGGAAGAGAAUUAUGAUUCAUCAGUCCUAAAGAAGCCAAAGCUAACUUGGACUAAUGAGCUACAUGACAGAUUCCUGCAAGCUAUAAAAGUACUAGGCAUUGACAGAGCUCAUCCAAAGAAGAUACUUAAGUAUAUGAAUACGCCAGGACUGAAAAAGGAGAAUAUUUCAAGCCAUUUACAGAAAUAUCGUCUCUCCUUGAAACGGGAGCAAGAUGCAAUCCAAAAGACAAUGACAAGAGAUCCUACUGGAUCAAGCCUUACAUCAUACUAUCCUUCAUCAACAUUCAAUUUACAAGGACUUCUUCAAGUUUCAAAUCAGCAAUCCUCAGCCACAUCAAAUCAACCAGAAUUAGGAAAUGAUUUACAGAGAAAUUUAAGUAGUCAAAUGCACAUGCCCUUUCAUGGCUCUGCAGAUUUUCCUAAUUACAUAGACUCAAGUUGUAGUGAUCCAUCCAAUCCUAUGUAUGGGCAAUUGACUCCUCCAGUGAAUCAGCUAGAUUCUACUUAUCCUGAUUCUAGUUAUGUUGGAAGCUGGAUCACUAGCAAUGAGUUAGCAGGCUUUUUCCAGAUAGGAAAUUCUAGUGGUGAAGAGACCCUCAGCGGGAACAUGGAUCCUUUUGGUGUGGAUCAUAUUGGUUUUCUGAGUGAUACCACACAACAAGAACAGCUGCAGCAACCAUAUCAGCCACUUCCUCCACCACCACAACCACCACAGGAGCCAGAAGAACCUGACAUUUUUGGGGUUGAAAGAGGAGAAAUUGAUGAAUUAUUUGAUCUUUUGAAAGACCCUAAUAAUAUGUUCAAUGAUGAGGACCUUGACGAUCUUUGGCAAUCGACAAGUUUUGUGUCCAGGCAUCAAGGGUGAGAAGAGGCCAUGUACAUGGACAUUGACAUCACUAUUUAUUUGGACCAGUGAGCUUCCAGAUUUAUGGCUUAAGCAUUGGGUGAAAGUUUGGAAUCCAAGCACAAAAGGUGUAAAACUUACAUUUGUUUUUCAAUUUUAGUCUGAAGGUUUGAGUCCACUCUUAGUGGUUUGGAGGAAGUACUUGAAUUUGAUGAUGUUGUUUUUGUUUAGUUGUUAUUUCUUAGUUGCAUUAUAAUAAAACACUGUUUGAUGGA